AUGUGGGAGGACCUUCCAGGUCUUUCCAGAGAGUUCCGCAAAGCCAGGGCAUUCGUGUUCAUUGAUAUUGUGUUUCUGUUUGUGCCCAAAGACUGGGUCACCACUGGGGCCAUGGAGAAAUGUGCCCGGGGCCUGAGUCAGCUGUCCCUCCGUGCCCUCUCCCCCCAGAUGCUGCAGGUGUUGCUUUCAACCCUCUUCCUCCUGGGGAGCACCACUGCUGGGACCCCAGCGUCCAGCCCUGAUCAGGAGCUGGUGGGCAUCAUCGGUGGCCAUAGUGCCCCCCAGGGGAAGUAGCCAUGGCAGGUCAGGCUGAGAAUCUAUGCUUGCCACUGGGCCUCCUGGGUGCACAUCUGCGGGGGCUCCCUCAUCCACCCCUGGUGGGUGCUGACCGCCGCCCACUGCAUUUUCCGGAAGGACGCCAACCCCUCAGCCUACCGCAUCAAUGCCGGGGACGUGUAUCUCUAUGGGGGCAGGAGGCUGCUGAAUGUGAGCCGCCUCAUCAUCCACUCCAACUACAUCUACGCCAGUCUGGGUAUGGACAUCGCCCUGCUCCAGCUGUCAGACUCUGCGGAAGGUAUUGCUAAUGUCAAGCCGGUCAGGCUCUUGUCAGUUCAGCUUGAGGUCACCCCAGAGGACCAGUGCUGGGUGACUGGCUGGGGCGCCAUCAGGAUGCACCAUAGUCGCUGCCCCCCCCCUUACCGCCUGCAGCAGGUGAGGGUGCAGGUGGUGGAGAAUGCCGUCCGCGACCAGCUGUACCACAACGCCUCUGGGCAGGGCCAGCUGGAGAAGAUCAUCCAGGACGACAUGCUGUGCGCCGGGACUGAGGGCUGCCACUCCCGCUACGGUGACUCCAGAGGCCCUCUGGUCUGCAAGGCGAAGGGCACUUGGUACUUGGUAGGAGUGGUCAGCUGGGGCUACGGCUGUGCUCUGCACGACAUUCCCGGGGUCUACGCGCGCGUCCAGACUUACGAGCCCUGGAUCACACAGCAGAUCCGGAGGUGCCCCUGAACCAGCCGGGAACAGCAGCUCCUGCCUUCUCCCAGGGCCUGCUGCUUCAGCCUCGGCCCCCCUCGCCCUGGUCUGGGCUCCACCUUCUCAGUGUCCCUGGCCUCCCCGACUGCUGGCGGAUAGAGCAGGAUGCUGGGGAGCAGGGUGGGAGGCCCCUGGGGCGGAGGGUACCUCACUGUGCUGUCUCUGUCAGAUUAAAGAGCUUGAGGAAUGACCCGAGUGUGGCCGGAGUCUUUGUGGGAUGGGCUGACCAUGGGCAACAUGGCUUUCCAUGGGAGUGUGUCCCCCAGCCCUGAUGUGCAGAGGGCUGAGCAGAGGCCGGUGUCCUUCCAGGCCUGGGAAGGGCGAGCGAGGAUCUCAGUGUUGGCUCCACUCUGGGGCCGCAGCCCUGGGGCUGGGGAGGGGACGGCUGAGUGGCCCUUGGUGGGGGUAAAACAUCCCAGAGCCCGAUGGCGGGUGGGCGGGCAGCAGUGGGAAUGGGCUAAAUGGCAUUGAGCUGUACACUUCCACUGGUCACAGGGGUGGAAUCAGUUUGCGUACGUGAACAAGAUCAAACACCCAAAGUCCCCAGCACACGUUCCUGCAUUUAUGGGGGGCCCAGUGAGCAACGGAGGGCCGCCUGCCCAGCACGGUCCGGCUGCUCUGUGAAGCAAAAGACCUCUAGCCCCAUGGCUGCCCCUCAGCCUCUGCUGGCCCCUCCUUCCACCUCCCACCAGCUCCGUGGAAGGAUGGCCCAGAGACCUCUCGGGGCAGGGGCAGGAAGGGAGUGACUACCCGAGAUAAGACAGGCUCCGGUGUCUCUCUCUGGCCUUGCCAGAAUCAAUAGAGCCGUGGUUCCCGGAACCUCCCGGUCCUUCCUGCUCCGUGUUUGUUCUGCACCUAGACCAGGUAGAUGCUGAAGGUCACUCUGUUGUGACCCAAAUCCCACCCCGUUGCCUGAAGCCUGAUCCCUGACCACCAGUGUGGCCUUGCCUCACUGGGACAGCCGGGUCCCGGAGCCUGGGGAUCGGCCGGGGGGCCAGGGAGGGACCAGGCCCUCUUCCCUGCGUGCAGGGCAGAAGGGGACAGAGCUGAGAGCAGGACAGCAGGCGUCAGGACCGCCAGGGACAGGGAAGAGGUGGGAGGCCAAGGGGGAGGGGCUGGGUGUAGCUCCAGGCCAGGGUGACAUUAUGUCAGAGUCAGAUGCCACCAAGGCUCACGGAGAACCUGGAGUCCCCACUGGGCCCUCAGUACACGUCUGUCCAGGUAAGGAGGGGUCUUCGGAGAGCAGGAGGACCAGGCUUCACCUUCCAGCCCCAGCCCCCGUCUCUUCCUGUGGUCAUUCCUGGGACUGGGGUGGUGCGACCCACGCAAGGCCAGGGCCACAGGGGUGAUGCUGGCAGAGGACAUGCUAGGGGCCACCUGGUUCGUCCUCUCUCUGGAGCCCUUGGUCUUUGCGGUGGGGAGACCUGUGGGGAGGCCGGUCCUGCAGCCCCCAGUGCCGGCCGCGGCUCCAACACCCUCCAUCCUACCUCUGCCCACAGAUAUGGCUCCUUCCAGUGCUCCUUGUGCUCCCCUUCCUGGGAGAAAGGGGUGAGUCCCACAGCCAGAGCGCCCAUCUCCCUGGAACCCGGACCUCUGACUGUGGGGACCCAGUCCAUGGCCCCUCCGAGCCGGGGCCUUCACCAGCCACAUGCACGCUCCACGGUCCCUCCUGGGGAGGACACAUUCGAUCCAAACUGUCCUUGGGGCUGCACAGCUUGUACCCUGCUGGUCUGUGUGCGAGAACCGUCAUGCACACAUGCCCUUCGGUAACCUUCAGCUCUGAGUCCUGUCCCUUGGAGCAGCUCCUCUGCGUGGGACUCAGGAGGAAGUCGAGGUAGAGAAUGGAAAACCGAGGCUUCCUGGUGCCCCCCCCCCGCACCGCUGCCCCGUGCCAGAACCACAUGCAGGGCUUUCCCCUGACUUGUGUCAUUUAAGCUUCAAAAUCACAGUGGCGGAAAUGCCGUCCAGGGGCAGGAAGACUGGAGGUCGGCCUCCUUCUCCAACCCCGUGCCACCAGCCACCCACGGGGGCUGCUGACGUCUAGAUUACUUACAAUUACGAUGAAAAACUCAGCUCCUCAGUCCCAGGGCACACUUCCUUCCUGUGGCCAGGGGCCUGGACCACACUGGACUGCACUGGACCACAGUACAGAGCAUGCCCAUCGCUAUAGAAAGUUCCACUGGGCAGUGCCAUUUGCAACUCAGAAAGCUGACCACGGGCUAUUGAAUCCGUGGUGGAGGUGGGAGGAGGGUCCAGCUCUCCGGCCCCCCACUGGGCCCUGUUUCUCCAGAGCAGGCCGGCUGGUGACCCUGUCUCUCCACCAGGGAGCAGCUUCAGCCCAGAGGCCUGUAUUGUUGGGGGUACAGUGGCAGCGCCCCGGCAGUGGCCCUGGCAGGUCAGCCUCCGAGACCAGGGCCAGCACGUCUAUGGAGGCAGUCUUAUCGGCCACCGGUGGGUGCUGACCACUGCCCACUGCGUCUCCAGGUGAGUCCUGCCUCCCCACACUGGGCGGCCCACGCUGUGAGAUGCCCUUGGGCAGCUGUGCGGGGAAGAGAAUUGUGGGUCUGGAGCAGCACCCAGGCCCACGGGGCUCCCCGGCCUUUUGUGCCACUGGCAGGUGGCUCAGAUACCCCCAGGCAGGCCUGGCGCCUGCACCUGGCUCUCCCCUCCAGGACGGUGCCUCAGAUGCUGGCCAUUCCCU